AUGUACUGCUGGCUUUACGACGAGUGCACUCUUGGCGGUUCUGUACGCAUGUCGCGGUCCAGCGACGACGAGAGCGGGUACGAUGACAAGAGCGUGGUGUCUGACCCAUUUGCGGACCCUGUGGACGGUUCUGUUGCCGGUGCCGACGUCGAGGCGCGCUGGGCUGCGCACUGCCGCGUGCAAGAGUGCAUGUCCCGAGGCUGGUGCGACCUGACUGUCCGUGUGCAGCUCAUGGCGCAGUUUGGCAUCACCGGCUCCAUUUUCUGCAUUUUGCUCAAUCUGAUGAUGAUCUUGCUAGCUAACCGGUGGACCGAGUACUGGUUUAACAGCAAGCGCACCAAGACGGCUAUUGAGCUGUUCAGCGUGGUCGGGUUCCCGCUUCUGAUCGCCGUGUUUGUGUACUUUGCGCUCUACUUCAGAUACGCCAUCACGCAGUGCACAGGGUGCCGGCUGGUGUUCCUGAAGUACGGCAUUUCAAUGCUGCUAUACUACUUCUGGCUGCUGCUGUGGGCGGUGCUCUGCUUUGUCACCGCGCUGGUGACCCUGGCUGUGUUUUUCGCCAAGAGAAAGAACACCAGAAACAUCUUGCAGUGCACCAACUCGGGCUACUCGCUGCGCAGGUUUAGCAAGAUGCUGAUUUUCUGCUCGCUCGUGAUCGGCGCCAUGUUUCCGCUCAAGAUCCUGUCGCUCGUGCUCAAUAUGAACGGCUGGCAGCCGCAGUUCAAGCCAGACAUCAGCAGGAAGCUGUACUGGGACACGAUUCUGCGGCUGCCGUAUAACUCGUUCGACGACGCAGAACGGUGGAUUCAGAUUGCGAUGUCGAUGGUCGGCUUUGCGCUGUUUGGACUCGGUGAGGACGCCGUGUACAUGUACGUUGACUGGCUGGAGUCGGUGCCUGGUGGCAGUCGGCUGGUGCAGAGGUGGCGUGCGUGGCGGGAGUCCAGAAAAGUCGUCAAGAAACAGAACUACGUCUCGAGAAACACCACGGCCAAAACGCAGUACAGCACAGACUCCGGCUCGUACAAGGAGUACGUGCAGGACUCGCCGGUCUCGAGCUGGGAACUGGACGACGUCAAGUCCGGCGGCCGCAGUCUCUACGACGAUUACGUCAGCACGCCUUCGUCGCAGCUGACGACGCCGCACGACGAGGACAUCCGGCGCGAGCUGCGGCAGGCGGAGUUGGACCUGCUGGACGAGGACAUACGCCGCGAUCUGCGCCGGAUGGGGCUGGAAUACACGGAUAUAUAA